AAAAAAAUAAUACCGUACAUUCAUUCUCACCGCCACACACACAGUCAUCCCACACGAAGCGUUGCCCCCGUUCGUGCAGAGCGUUUAGGGAACGACGCAUCGCCCAAACAACACAACCCCCACCGCCUGAGAUCUGACAUGUCCUCUCCCCUCUCUCUCUCUCUGUGUGUGUGUGUGUGUGUGUCGCUCAUUGCUGUGUGGUAUUGCCUCUCCACAUCCUUCCAGAUCAGCGACAGAGAGAGGGAGAGAGAAGAAAGACACAGACAGAGAGAGAGAGAGAGAGAGAUGCCGGGGAUCAUGUCAACCUCCACCGCCUCCUCGUCCUCCUCGGCCAUGGCCAUCCCCGCCGCCUCCUGCCCCCCGGUGCCGGCUCCCUGCUGCUCCCCCUCGGCCGCCGCCGUCGCCGCCGCCUCCUCCUCCUUCUCGAUCCGGCUGCCCUGCUGCAAGAGCUACGAGCUGGAGUACGACUCCUAUCAGCCUUACUUCUACCCGGACGACUACGGCCCCGAGGCCGACUUCUACCCCCCGAGCGAGGACAUCUGGAAGAAGUUCGAGCUGCUGCCCACCCCGCCCCUGUCGCCCAGCCGGGCGGGGCUGGCGGCGGGCCGGGCGGCCGGGCAGGAGGAGGGGGCGGCGGGGGCCGCCGGCGGAGGGGGCGAGGACUGGGUGUCGGAGCUGCUGCUGCUCGACGAGGACCAGGGGCCCAGGAACCUGAACGCCAUCAUCCUGCAGGACUGCAUGUGGAGCGGCUUCUCGGCCCGGGAGAAGCUGGAGAAGGUGGUCAGCGACAAACUCCAGGCCGCGGCGGCUCAGCACCAGCCGCAGGCCCAGGGCCGGGGGGCGGCCGCGGCCUCCGCCGCCGCCCCCCCCGCCGCCCCGACCCUCGCCCUCCCCGGGGCGGACCUCGCCCCCCGCUCCCAGGGACACCGACACCCCCCGCAGCCACAGCCGCUGCUGCAGCACCCCCGACCCCACCCUCACCCUCACCCGCCCGCCCCCGCCCCGGCGGCCGAGUGUGUGGACCCCGCGGUGGUCUUCCCCUUCCCCCUCCCCCUGCACCAGGAGGCCGCGCCCCGGGGAGCGGCGGCCUCGGCGGCUACAGACACCACCGCGGCUCAAGGCAACUCCGGCCACGAAACCCCCAGUGACUCUGAGGAGGAUGAAGAAGAGGAGGAGGAAGAUGAAGAAGACGAAGAAGAAGAAGAAGAAGAGGAGGAGGAGGAAGAAGAAGAAAUUGAUGUGGUGACGGUUGAGAAGCGCCGGUCAUCAUCUAGCAAACAUGUGACUACUCUUACUGUGACUGUGCGCAGCCAUCACACAAGCUGUUCCUCAUCGAAGCCCCAGAACUCCUCGCUGCUGAAGAGAUGCGCUCCCAUACACCAACAACACAACUAUGCCGCCCCAUCGCCUUACAUGGAGUGCGACGAGGUGCCACCGCUGAAAAAAGUGAAAAGCGAGACUGUCCGCGUCGCCAAGCAAGCCGUGCCUCCUAGAUCCAAGAGCAUGAGCCCCCGCGGGUCUGAUUCGGAGGACAAUGAGCGCCGACGCACUCACAACAUCUUGGAGCGCCAGCGGAGGAACGACCUGCGCUCCAGCUUUCUUACCUUAAGGGACCAAAUACCAGAACUCGUGAAAAACGACAAAGCUGCAAAAGUCAUAAUUCUGAAAAAGGCCACCGAGUACGUGCGGUCUCUGCAGUCGGAGGAGCACAAACUAUUGUCGGAGAAAGAGAAGUUAAAAGCCAAGCAACAGUUGCUGGUAAAGAGACUGGAGGAAAUAAGGACUCGCUAGGUUGAGGCUACCCGAACUGGUUGGAUGCCACUUUUGCACAUUUUAGACGUCAAGAAUGUUUUGGGAUAAUUUUUUUCACAUUUUUUGUUUUCAGUCCAUUUACAUGUGGACAAAACGCUUCUAAAAAUAUCAGAUCUUCGAGGGUCCUGUGCGUGUGAUGGAAAUUGUUUUGAGGGCUUUGAUGUUUAUAGCCUUUUUUUCGAAAUCCAAUGUAAAUAUCAGUUUAACACUCGUUUUUUUUACAUGAUGAUGGGUUAGAAAGACAAAUGCCACAGUCUUAAGUCACCGUUAUCGGUCUGGAACUUUUUUUUUACAGAGUAAUACCUCAACGUUUGAGGAGCAUGACAUUUUCCUAUAAAGACUUCUUGUUAAUCCUUGUUAUGUAUUGUACUAAUUCUUACACUGCCUGUAUAUGUUAGUGUGAUGCUGAUACAUGAUACUAAAUUUGAUACCUAUAUUUUCGUAUGAAAAUGAGUUGUGAAAGGUUUGAGUAGAUAUUACUUUAUCACUUUUUGACUAAAAUUUCUUUUGUACAGAAAUUACUAUAUAUGCCUUUUACCUAGCCUCUCUCUGUUUUGUGUUGCUGUUGGGUUCAUAGAACUGGGUAAAUGGCUGAGUUAUGUGUUUUUUCAUGAUGUACAUAUAGUGCUGCAACUUAGCACUUUUGAAAUACCUCAAGUUUAUGAAAAUAAAUCCUAUGAAAUUGA